UUUAUAGAGGGAGAAAGAGAAACCAAGUCCCCUUCCCCAUCUCCACCGCCAUCCAUCGAAAGCGCCGGUAUUCGUUAAUUCAGUUCUAUAAUUACUCUCUCUCCUCGUAUUAUUUCAAUAGUUUUAAUUCAUGGGAAGAAGAGGCGAGGCCGUGCCGCCGGCGAGAGUCUAAGAUGAGCUCGAGUGGCGGGCAGGAGGCAAUCGGGGCCAUCCAUCAUAGGCGCCUGCCCUCCUAUCGUGUGCCGCCGAGCUGUGGGCCGUCCGAUGGAUGAGACGCCGGGGUCCGUGGGCACCACCGCCAGCUUGUCCCUCAGGCUGGGGCAGGCCUUCUUCUCCUCCGCCUCCCUCCUCUUUAUGUCCGUCGGCGUCGAGUUCUACAGCUACACAGCCUUCUGCUUUCUAGUCACAAUCAUGGGCUUGGUUAUUCCCUGGAGCUGCACACUGGCAAUGGUAGACAUAUAUUCUCUUUUUGCUGGAUGCCCUCUUCGCCUUCCUCGUGUCAUGGUGAUUGUAGUCAUUGGAGACUGGGUCUUAUCAGUGCUAUCACUCGCAGCAGCUUGUGCAAGUGCCAGUGUUAUAGAUCUUCUCAUCCACAUUGAUGGGCCCUACUGCCCUACCAAGAUUUGUGGCAGAUACCAGCUAUCUGCAGCAAUGGCUUUCUUAUCCUGGUUCCUAACUGCUGCCUCUUCUCUUCUCAACCUAUGGCUUGUGGCUUCCUGGUGAUUGUUCUUGAUCAGGCUUUUUUCAUUCACUUUUUGUAGAACUUGGAUAAUAAUCUUCUCAAACACCAUUCAGCUUCAAGACAUUAAUUUUGUAUAUGGCGGCGCUGUGGAUGAGCCUUUGGAAUUCUCUUCAUUGUUCUGAAGAAGAAUCAUGAAGCGCUUGCUGCUUGUUUGUACUGUAAUUAAACAAAGUCUCUCUGUCAAUUCAUUCAAUCACAUAAAACAUCUCAUGGAACAAACUUGUCGACGAAGGAAGAAAAGCAAGCUGAAAAGGAGACGAAGAAAUAACUCCCAACUGCAUUACUAGCUCAGCUGUGAUGCAGCUAGAAGCUCUACAUACUUGUGGUGUGGAGAUUGGAAGUGCAAAUAAGAUAUGUAAGCAAAUCGAGAGGAUCAAGAGGAACCUCAAAAUCAUGAUAAUUGGUUGCAGAACAUACACCAUGAACAAGAAAAUCUUUGUACUCUGGUCAAAUAACCGUGGUUAGAUCGACUUAUAUUAGUGUUGCUUUCAGUAUUUCUAACCAUGAUUUAUUUAGAUUCCUAUCCAGUUAACUGAAGCGAAUAAUAGAACUAUGAUAUGCAA